AUGGCUGUUACGCGCAAGGAAAGAGGAAUAGAUAGACCGGAGUCUGGAGGAGCCGUGACAGCAUUGCCGUAUAUUGUUAUUACAAAACAUUCGAUGACUUCCUCCGAGGAAGAAAAACGUAUUGCAUAUUGCAAGAAGCACAAUGUGCAUCAUCUCUUUGAGCUGCUAGCGACGAGGCUACUGGUGGAUCGCCCCGAGAAUCCCUUUGAGUACCUUCGGGAGAUGCUUACAAAAGUGGAGGACUCUGAGAAGCAUAAACACUCGUACGACCCCACAGUUCUUGCACCAGCCAUAAACGGUGCGCAGCAGCCACUGAAGAAGAUUACGCUGGGGACUUUUGGCAUUGAUAAUGCCGGAAAAACAACCCUCAUCUCGGCCUUAGGCGGCAAAAUUGAGCUUAACACUACACCGACGGUUGGCUUUACACCGACAAAGUUUCAGACGGAGAAGUAUGAUAUAUGCAUCUUUGAUUUGGGUGGCGCCGCAAACUUUCGUGGCAUUUGGGUUCAUUACUUCCAUGAUUGCCAUGGAAUCAUGUUCGUUAUAGAUUCCGCAGCGGAUGAGACUGUGGUGAAGGAAUCUCUUAAGGUUCUUCGAGAUGUAGCACAACACCCGUACGUGAAAGGCAAACCACUGCUGGUUCUCGCCAACAAAAGGGACCUGAACAAUAGUCAAGGCACGAAUGUUGUUCCAGAUGGUUAUUUGGAAGGCUUCUUGGAACGAGAUACAGCACACCGUGUGGUGGCAUCCUGUAGCAUUAGCGAGGACCCUGACCUUGAGGAGGGCGUGGAAUGGCUGCUUGCGAUGGUGGAAAAGUGUUACGACACACUGGAGGCACGUGUCAUGCACGACACUGAGGCUGUGAGAGAAGAAAACAAGAGAAAGGCGGUAGAACGGCUGGCGGCAGUCAAGACUGCAUCAGAGAAAAGGAACAGAUACGUGGACUCCGUGGGUGGUCAUUUUUGA